UAGUAACUCAGCUUUCUCAACUCAUCAAUUACUCGUGCACGCUUCUGUACAAGCUGCCUGCAGCUGUAUAUCGAACAGUCUCCCUGACACUGCUAUGAUCUCAAACUCAAAAAAAUAAACAAUUAUCAGUGAUUUAUUAUUUGAAUGUGUUGGUUUUUAUCCUGUGCGUAAUACAUAAAUGCUUGUUCAAUGGGAGGGAAAACGUCGAAAGAAUGCCGGAGUAUAUUAAACAGUGGAGAAGAGGAUCAAGUUGAAAUUUUUGGUUAUCGGAGAAAUCCAGUGAAACUGGUCUUAACAUGGAUCUCCAUUAUUUGUACCUGCGGAAUAGUGCGUCUAAUAUUCUACUGGAUGAGACACUGGAUGCUACAGUGUACACACUCUCUGUGCACUCUGGAACAUGCGGAUUAUGUUCUGCUCAAAAACACUUACGACCAAUGGUUUGUUUGCAAAGUAAAAUCUUUGCGUACGGAUGCGGAGCGUGCUCGGCGUACUGCAGCUACAGAACAGAGACCUUCCGUUCCGUCGGUGUCCGAAUCAGUUGACUCUUCCGUUGUAUAUCCUAAAGAGAACGGCAAAUUUGAAGGAGUUGAUGAUAUAAGGUACUUUGAUGACCGAAGGAUUCGAUACAUUUGGAAUACGGAAUCCAAGGCAUUCGUGCGGCUGCUCGGAUUGGAUCAGCAUUUAUCAGCGGAAUACUUUCAGACGUGCUCACCACUGAACUCAUCAGAAGUGCAACAGAGGCGAUUGCUUUACCAGAGCAACGAGAUCAACAUCGAAGUUUCUCCAAUAAUCAAGAUACUCUUCAAAGAAGUUUUAAAUCCGUUUUAUAUCUUCCAAAUCUUCAGCAUAUCUUUAUGGUUUUCAUACGGGUAUUAUUACUAUGCGGGCGCCAUAUUGAUUACCACCUUAUGCUCCUUGGCCUUGACCGUCCACCAGCUGCGUAAAAUGCAGCAGAUGCUGCAGGAGCGGGCGCACGCUGAAGAAACCGUUACGGUCUGCCGGCCAGGCGCACAGACUGAAACGGUGGGCAGUGAGCAGCUCGUCCCCGGGGAUAUCAUACAGAUUCCCGCACUGGGAUGUCAGGUUCUCUGUGAUGUCAUCCUGAUUGCCGGCAGUGCCAUUGUCAAUGAAUCAGCGCUGACAGGCGAAAGUGUUCCUGUAACGAAGACGGCAAUUCCUGACUGCAGUGGUCCGUUCGGUAUAAAAGAAUAUCAGCGCCAUAUGGUGUUCAGUGGAACGCGGGUCCUUCAAACCAGAUACUACGCCAAUGAGCCGGUGCGAGCGGUUGUGCUAAGAACUGGGUUUGCUACGAACAAAGGCAAUCUCAUCAGAAGCAUCAUGUAUCCUAAGCCGGUGGAUUUCAAAUUCUACCGGCACACGUAUUACUUUAUCAUAGUAUUGGCUGCCAUUGCUUUAUGUGGACUAAUAUAUUCCGCCAUAUUGCGAGCAAUGCGCGGCCAAGCAGUCAGUGAAAUCAUCAUAAGAUCUUUGGACGUAAUAACUAUCGCCGUACCACCGGCGCUUCCUGCAGCUCUUUCUGUUGGCAUCAUUUACGCCCAAAGGCGGCUACAAAAGAACCGAAUCUUUUGUCUCAGCCCGCGUUCCAUCAACAUUUGUGGCAGUGUGAACUUGAUUUGUUUCGACAAGACUGGCACUUUGACGCAGGACGGCCUUGAUAUGAAAUGUGUCUUACCAAGCCAAAAGUCCUCGUUUGAGGAAGCGAUAACGAAUCCAAAAGAAAUGCCCAGCAGCCGCAUAAAGGACUGCAUGGUGGCCUGCCAUUCGUUAACCGUCAUCCAGGGUCAAACAUGCGGUGACCCUGUGGAUUUAAUUAUGUUUAACUCUCUGAGCUGGUCAUUAAUGGAGCCGGAUGUAAAUGAAGAAGCCCGAUUCGAUCUUGUUGCUCCCACUUUGGUAACUGGACCAAAAUGCGAUACGGAAUCGGACACCAUCGGGAUAAUCAAAGAUUUUCCAUUCGCAUCCAGUUUGCAGCGGAUGAGCACCGUGAUCCGGCGAGUUAAGGAUGAAGAAUUUUCUUACUUGAUGAAAGGGUCACCGGAAAAGGUCAUCACAUUAUGCUUACCCGACACUGUGCCGGACAACUAUUUUGAACAACUGGAAUCAUUCACCCGUCACGGUGACCGCGUGCUCGCACUGGCCUGGAAACCGUUAAACAAAAUGCGGCUCGUCAAGAUUCAAAAACUUCUUCGUGAGGACUUAGAUAAGGAGAUGAUCUUCCUGGGCUUUGUGGUGAUGGAAAACCGCCUAAAGACUGAUACGAAAUCCGUACUGGAGCAGAUUCAUAACGCCAACAUUCGCACCGUCAUGGUCACGGGUGACAAUAUGCAUACCGCCAUUUCUGUUGCGCGAGAUUGUGGAAUGAUUCGCAAAUGGGAUGACGUGCAUAUUAUUACGGCCGGUGAAACGAAUGUCUUUUGGACACAAGCUGAAAGACCAGUUCAGAGUUUCUCGUUGUCCAUCGGAUCCGCUGACAAAAUCUCAUCACCGACGGAAAUUAUCAAUUUGCCAACGAUACACGGAGCGGUUAGCGGAGAGUCAUUCAGCCGAAUUCGAUCGGACCAUCCACAAGUUCUUAAAAAAAUGUUAGCACAUGGAACCGUUUUUGCUCGAAUGUCACCAAAUGAAAAGGAGCGAUUGGUGGAGGAUUUCCAGGAGGCCGGAUAUUUCGUUGCAAUGUGCGGCGAUGGAGCCAACGACUGUGGUGCCUUGAAAGCAGCACAUGCGGGCGUAUCGUUAUCGGAGUCAGAAGCUGCAGCGGCCGCACCGUUCACGGCUUGCACAGGGAGUAUUGGCUGUGUUCCGGAAAUUAUUAAGGAAGGACGGGCUGCUUUGGUAACAUCUUUUGGGAUCUUCAAAUACAUGGCAGGAUACAGUUUAACGCAGUUUUUCUCCGUAAUCGUCUUAUAUUCGAUCGCAACGAAUUUCUCAGAUCUCCAGUUUACCUACGUGGACAUUUUUCAAGUUCUUAUCCUGAGUGCAACAUUUGGCCGCUCAAAAGCUCAUCCGCAUCUGUCGCGCACCCCACCGCCAACCAGUUUAAUUACCUUCGUCCCACUGUUUUCCCUCUUUUCCCAAGUGAUCAUCGUUUUCGGUUUCCAGUUAGCCGCAUUCUUCAUUGCUUAUUUGGAGAAAGAUAGCACAUCUUAUGAAAAUAUGUACGCUAAUGGCGGUGGUACACCGCCAUUUUUCUCCAAGGAGAACUUUGCGGUUUUCGCCGUUAGUUCCUUCCAAUAUGUAUGGUUAGCGUUGGCAUUCGCUAAAGGACCGCCAUACCGGAAAAUUCUUCUGAAAAAUCGAAUUUUUUGCCUCACGGCAUUGGGAAUGGUUGCGUUUGACAUGUUUUUGCUACUUGGGCCGACUGAGCCAAUGAAAUGGCUUCUUGAGCUGCAAGUACCGGAAUUAUGGAACAGGAAGCUGACAUUCCUCUUCCUAGCAUUUUGCAAUGGAAUUAUUGCGAUUCUGUUUGAAAAAAUUGUGGUUGAUUAUGUGAUAUUUCGGAAACUCGGGACACGAUUCAAAUUUUUGCGCAAUGUUCGCACGCAUCAGGAUGUGACGCGCGACCUACUAAACACCAUGCCGGACGACUGGUGGCACGAGUUAGAGCGAAAACCGUUAGGUCAGCUCCCACAACAGGGAAGUUUUGUUAUCGCUCCUCCACUGGCUACCACGUCGUCGACAGCAGCGUUAACGGAGAACGCUGUUUGAGUGUCCACGUGUAUAGUAAUGGUUGCGGUCCGUAGGAUCUAACAGUUUAUAAAUAAAUUCAUUGAUCUG